UGAUAUUUUUUAUUUUUUAAUUAAUCCCUAUAUUAAUUAGUAGGGUUGUCAAAUCUAUAUAAAAUUAUUUUCAUAAUAAAAUGCAAUUUUUUAUAUUACUUAUAUUAUUUGCCGUACAAUUUUUAUUUUUCUCAUAUAAACUUGUUCGUUGAUGGGUUUGUUUGGUCCUUAAUAAUUUCGACUUUUUUUAAUGAAAAAAUCAACAAUAGUAUUCUGCGGCUCAACUUUUGCUUCCUAUGAUGAGGACACGUGGCUCAUUUUUUUGAAGCUUCUGUCUCUCUUUCUUUCACUGGUCGCAAAGGGAAAAAAAAGCGCGUUUCAGGUUCCAUGUCUUUAUAUAUAUGAACCUUACCCGCUUCAAAUUUCCCAUCUUCAAAAUCUCUUCUUUCUUUCAAACCCACGUUUUUCUGCGCAAUUUCUCUUGGAAAUCUAAAGUGAACAUCCUGAAAAGGCUGGAAUUUUGAUUCUUUUGGUGAAAAAAAAAUUGUUGUGUUGUGAUUAUUACGCUUUUCAUUUAUCUUCUUGGCCAUGGAGGUUUCGGUGAUUGGGAGUUCUCAAGUGAAGGUGGGAAAGUACGAUUCGGCAUAUAGGGAACUUGGAUUUUGUAAUCUGAAGGAUAAUUUCAGGUUUUCGAGUCAUAGAGUUUGUUUUGAUCGGAAUAUAAGGUGGAAGAAGGCUGGGAUACGCUUCACUUUGAGGGCUCUUCAAUCUGAACCCGUUGUAGAGGAAAAGAAACAUUGUGGAUCUGGAACAAGAUCCAAAACGGUAGAUGGUGUAAGAUUAUUUGUGGGGCUGCCCCUAGAUGCUGUUUCUUAUGACUGCAAUUCAAUAAACCAUGCUAGGGCAAUUGCAGCUGGCCUAAAAGCUUUGAAGCUAUUAGGAGUUGAAGGUGUUGAGCUCCCAAUUUGGUGGGGAAUUGUUGAGAAAGAUGCCAUGGGAGAAUAUGAUUGGUCAGGCUAUCUUGCUAUUGCUGAGAUGGUUCAGAAAGUGGGUCUCAAGCUCCAUGUGACACUUUGCUUUCAUGGGUCUAAAAAACCAAAUAUUCCACUACCUAAAUGGGUAUCCCAGAUUGGUGAAUCUCAACCCAGUAUUUUCUUUACAGAUAGGUCGGGACAGCAUUACAAAGAAUGCUUGUCACUGGCAGUUGAUAAUCUUCCUGUUCUUGAUGGGAAGACUCCAAUGCAAGUAUACCAGAGUUUCUGUGAGAGCUUCAAGUCCUCAUUCUCUCCAUUCAUGAGCUCUACAAUUACAAGUAUUUCCAUGGGUUUAGGACCAGAUGGCGAGCUACGGUAUCCAUCUCACCACCAGCUACCAAGUAAUGGUAAAACUGAAGGAGCUGGAGAGUUCCAGUGUUAUGACCAAAACAUGCUGAGCUUUCUCAAACAACAUGCUGAGGCAUCUGGAAAUCCUUUAUGGGGACUUGGAGGUCCACAUGAUGCACCUGCCUAUGAUCAAUCCCCAUACACCAAUAGCUUCUUUAAAGAUGGGGGUUCUUGGGAGUCUACAUAUGGGGACUUCUUCCUUUCCUGGUAUUCUAAUCAGCUCAUAACUCAUGGAGAUUCCCUCCUUUCCUUAGCAGCUUCUACUUUUGGUGACACUGGAGUGACAAUUUAUGGGAAAAUCCCUCUUAUGCACUCUUGGUAUGGAACUCGAGCCCAUCCUUCCGAGCUAACCGCAGGGUUCUGUAACACAGCUAACAAGGAUGGCUAUGAACCAGUUGCAAAGAUGUUUGCUAGGAACUCAUGCAAAAUGAUAUUACCUGGCAUGGACCUUUCAGAUGCAAACCAACCAAAGGAGAACCAUUCUAGCCCUGAGUUGCUACUUGCACAAAUUAUGGCAGCAUGCAGAAAGCAUGAGGUAAAGGUUUCAGGUCAAAAUUCAUCUGAGUCUGGUGUUGCAGGUGGUUUUGAACAAAUUAAGAAGAAUCUAUCAGGAGAUAAUGUAGUGGAGUUGUUUACAUAUCAUAGAAUGGGAGCAUAUUUCUUUUCUCCAGAGCACUUUCCUUCAUUCACUGAGUUUGUUCGGAGCCUUAAGCAACCUGAACUGCAUUCAGAUGAUCUACCUUCUGAGGAGGAAGAAGGUGCUGAAUCCGCAGUUAAGAGCCAUGAAUCAAGCGUGAGCAUGCAAGCAGCAUAAUUGUUGUAAAUUUGUAAUGUAUGAUAAUCAUGUAUAUAACAUGUAGUUAUACCCUUGCACGGGGACAGGUUAUUUUGUAAGCACUAGAUGAGGAUGCCUUUUCUUGGUUUAAACCUCAAGCAGAGACAUUAUUAUAGUUAUUCCAUAUAAUGUAGCCAUUAGCCAAGGUGGGUGGCAGAUUACAUUUUUGUCAUUUGUGCUCAUGUUGUGCACAUUUCUAUUCAAUACUGCUUAGUUUAAUAAGCUGAGGGUGUGUUUAAAAGAGCU